GUCAGGGGGUAGCCAGUCUCUGAAUUUAGAUUUUAGGAGGCUGACAGCGAAGUCAGUUUAGAGUUGUCUGUCUCCGGGGUAGGCACACGGUUAGCCCUUGAUCAUGACUCUCAGUUCCAUUACACAUAAGAGUAAUUGGAGGAAGGCAUCUUCUGUAACGGAAGAGUUCCUGAUCCUGGUAACUGUUUAGCCCCAGCUGGCUGACCACUGUAUCAGGGGCAAUGGAGAUGCCUAACCAGCCUCUGAAAACAAUAUUUCAUAGGCUUAGUAGCGAAAAACCAAGCGGAGAUAAUAGGAGUUUUGGGCACUUGAGACCACUCUCUGUUUAUUCCAGAAUGAUAACUUGUGAAAACUGUAGGGUUUGUCCUAGUAGCACUAACCAGUCAUGGAAUUCGUCCAAUCCGUUAUGGAACUUGAAAAUAGAGAUUGUGAACAACAAUGCCCCUACAAGACACAAGAGGCGCUUGGAUGACUCCUGCCUUGAUGACACGUAUGAGACUCCAUACAAAAAGCCCUGUAGUCCUAAGGCCAUCUCCCUAGAUCUGGCUUCUGUUGUAGAUUCAUGUAACCCCCUUCCAGAUGUAGCCACUGUCUCCCCUACUACUGACCCCCCAAAAGUGCCAUCUAGUGUUGAAAAUACAGUCAAAGAUAAAGGUACAUCAGAAGCUGUGAUAUGUGUGCCAAACUCUGAUCAUAUCCAGAGUGUCCAAGCAGGAGAAGCAGGAAGUAGACAGGGUGGUGCUGCGGCUCCAGGCGGCCCAGUAUCAAACGAGUCUGAGGCCUGGUCUGAGACCCUGAGCCAUGAGCCUAAGAGCGUCUCAAUGGACCUUGGUCCUGUUUUUGACUUUGACGUGGAUGACAUCAUGUGCCUGAGCCCCAUUGACAGAGACAGGGGGAGCGAUGAGGGCAUUGAAGCCUUUGUCGAGGACCGCGCCCGGAACCCCAGUGACAGCGACACCCAGCAAACUAAGCCUUUCUUAGCUUACAGUCCAACACAGGAGCAGGUUUCAGGGGAGGGAUAUGAGGUAGGAGAGCGGGAAGAGGGAAAAGGAGAGGAGAUGGUGGUGGAAGGAGAAAGGGAAAAAGAGGGCAAUGAGGAGAUAAACUGUCAGGAGGAAGAGGAUGGUGUGAGCGAUGAGGGUUAUUUCUCCAGGUCCUACCUUGAGGCACUUAGAGCAGGAAAGGACGUGUCUCAGGCUGUGACACCCUUGCAGCCACACAUUUCGUCCACCCCUUUGUUUAGGGGGAGGGAGGUGAUGCAGAGGCUGCAGAUGGCUGUGUCAGAUGAGGGGGAGCCUCCAUGUCCCCCAGGUUUCCCUGAUCCCAAUGGGGGCCAGGCUGUGGUUUGUCAGCCGCACUACUCUUUCACUUCGGAGGAUGUGUCUUAUGGGUUAUAUGGGGCACCUCUGGUCCCAGUGGAGGGUGCAGAUGAGGCCUUGGAGGGCACAGUAGGGGAAGAUUGGAGUAUCGGAGCCCCGAUACUGGAGUGCUCAGUGUGUCACAUUGCCCCAGUGGAGUUCAAUGCCGGUUGUGAGGGAAACGUGGUGGAGGGGGGGGAAGGUGGGCUUGUUUCAGUCCAGGAGUGCCAGGUCACACUCGUGGCCGAAGAGGUAACCGUGGAGACCAGCUACAAGAACACCUUGCCUCUCCAAGUCCAGGUGAGGUCAGUGGUGGUGGUUCCCAGCGUGCAGCAGAAUAGCAGCAGCAAACCCUCAACGCGGCCUGAGCAGAAAGGAUCCGAGACCAGGUCUGUGCAGAAACCUUCUCCGGAGAAGAAUGUUGUCAAGACAACAACAAGACCUGUCCAGAAACCUUCACCUGGACAGAACAUUAUCAAGAACACAAUUGUUCAGAAACCUUUGCCUGGGCAGAACGUUAUCAAGAACACAACUGUCCUGAAACCACCAGAACAGAAUGCCAUCAAGGCCACACCUGUCCAGAAACCUUCACCGCAACAGAAAGUGACGAAGAUAAAACCUGUCCACGCAGCUUCAACUUCGUCUGACCAGAAAGUAGUCAAGACAAGACCUGUCCAGAAAACUGCACCAAGGCCAAUGGUCUAUGACCGGGAGGAGGACUGGCAGCGUGAGAAGUGGCUCUAUGUGGAGUCAGUCACCAGACACAUAAGGGAGAACAUUGGUGCAGAAGAAGGGGUGAUGACUGAGCUGCUGAAACUGAUGAACCAUGUUGCCGACCAGGUACCAGGCACCAACAGAAGGCAGUGGCAGCACCCCUCGGAUCUCACCCGCAGAAAUUACCAAAGACGGUUUGGAAAUGACUCAGUGAAAUACACUCUGGACCAAUGGCAGAACCAGAACUACAGGAACCACCGCCGCUUUGCCAAGGUCCCACAGAUCUUUGAGAGAAGUCAAGUUCUUUAAACCCAAGCAACAAAGCAUCUUACCAGAGGAACGUAUAGGGCAGUACACUUUUAAAUUUGGCAAAUUACAUCACUCAGGUCAUUAGGUGUCUGAGAUUUGAGCUCUUAUAUUGUAAGCCUGGAACAACGGUUAACUCUUGAAUUAAUCCUAAACUUCUGCUCAUCUUUUAACAAUGUUUUGAACGUAUUGUUUUUUGUUUGUGUGAAAUUCAUUAAUUUGUCCUCGCUAAGGAUUGUAUAUGCUUAUUGCUAAAGUGUCUUGAAGCCCAGAGAUUUGUUUGUUUUUCAAUUUGCUCUGUCUGAUACAAUAAUAUUGUGGAUUUUGUGUUAUUAUUCAAUUUUUUUGUUAUACUUGAAUUUAAAUUAUGUUCCUUUCAGUUUACCAUCCAGUAUAAACAUAACAUUGAUGACAGAAAAGGAAAAUAAAUAACAUAACAGCCAGUCGUUUUGCUUGCCUUUUAGGAAGUUGCAUAUGUGGAGGUCUCUGAUCACCAUUUCCUAAUUUAAUGGGUCCAUUGCUGCACUUAUUCCUUUUUGUACCGUCGCUCUUAGUUUGUGCUAGGCACCUUGUUUGCACAGUCUUCUUUUUUCUUUUUUUAUAGAUGUUUAAAAAAACUGCUUUUUGAAUGCUGUGCACAUUUCCCUGCCUAAGUACUUAUUUGUGCAGUUGAAUUUCUUUCCUAAUGCAUUUUGCAUUCUUACUGUUGAAGUACAAACAAAUCAUCCAACACUUUGUUGUUAGUACUUUGUUCUGAUUAGCCCCUUGGUUCAGUUGGAACAGUUUGAAGGGACAAUCAAAUCAUUACUGAUCUACCCCAUUUCUAAAGUGUGAUGCCAUAUGUAUAGUUCCAUAUGCUCUUCACUUGCUGCCUUUGAUGGCCUGUCAUUUGUUUAUUAGCAUAUGCCUGAGUAUUUGAGGUCAUGUUAUGGUUGAUUGAAGUUUUUGUUCCUUCUUUGUUAGACAAGAAAUCUAACUGAAGUAAGGGAGUUAGAGUUUGUCAGAUGGAUUAGGUAAACUCUUAAAAUUCUCUACUUUAUAAUCUAUGUUCUGUGCAGCGAAGCGAUACGGAUUGGGAUUGGCCCUGUAUUGAUGCUUGUGUUGGAGAGACAUCGGUAAACAUAAUCUAGUGUGGGAAUUGAGUGAGAAACCCGAUUUGUAGGGUUCUGUUAUGUGUGGGCUAUUGAUUUUUUGUGACAUUGUGAGUCUCUCCACAUUUUUCGCACAGGUUGCUGAUUCCACAUUAAAAGCAGUUGCCUGAAACUCUGUUGAGUGAAUUUUUUACAAGGAUGAAUGUCUAGCCCAGUCAGAAUACCAUAUGAGUGCAGUCAGUGACU